AUGUUCGCUAAUAAGAGAUUUCCCCGGAUACGAUGGUUUUUGCCAGACGACUCACCAUCGGAACGACGUCUGCUCUUGAAACUCGACCUUCUCAUUGUUCCUUAUGCUUUUCUAGCCUAUUGGACGAAGUAUAUCGAUCAGGCAAAUAUUAACAAUGCCUACGUCUCAGGAAUGCAAGAAUCCCUCAACCUACAGGGAAAUGACCUCGUCAACCUGCAAACCAUCUACACCGUUGGCGCCGUCCUAGGCCAACUUCCAUUUGCUUACCUGUUCACCAAAUACCCCGUCUCGUACCUAAUCCCGGGGAUGGACUUACUCUGGGGAGUCUUCACUCUACUACAAUACCGCGCUACUUCGUAUGAAGAGAUGAUGGCAUAUCGCUUCUUAGCCGCCUUCUUCCCCGGAAUGCAUUACAUCUUCGGCUCAUGGUACCAAAGCCACGAAAUCGCCCGCCGGGGCGGCUUCUUCUACCUCGGCCUAACCCUAGGCACGCUAACAGCCAGUUUCAUCCAAGCGGGAGCAUCCGCACAACUCGACGGAGUCAACGGCCUCGCCGGAUGGCGCUGGAUGUACAUCAUCUGCGCGGUGAUCACCAUCCCCGUCGGAAUCCUAGGCUUCAUCGUCCUCCCAGGAACGCCCGACAAACCGAACCGAAUCGUGCUCAGCAAAUCGGACAUCCAACUCGUCCGAAACCGUCUACAAAAAGCCGGACACGGGGUCCAAGAAUCAAGCGUCUCAUGGAAGACCUGUGCGCGUGUGCUACGGAACUGGAAGCCCUGGGCGCUGCUGUGCGUGGACAUUUUCUUCUGGAACGCGUGCGUGCAAACCACCACGGGUGGGUAUCUUCUCUGGUUGAAGAGUCUGAAUCGGUACUCGACUAGUAAAGUCAAUGAGUUGUUUGCGAUCGCGCCCGGGUUAGGUAUGUUUUAUACUCUGUUGGUGUGCUUCGCGUCGGAUUUGGUCUUAGGUCCGGCGUGGGCGAUUACGCUGGCGCAUGUGUGGAAUAUUAUUGGGCUGGUGAUUCAGGUGGUCUGGGAUGUGCCGGAGUCGGCGCUGUGGUUUGCGUUCUCGACCAUGUAUUCGUCUGUGGCGAUGUCGAGUGUGUUGAUGGGGUGGAUUAAUAGUGAGAUACGACAUUCGCCGGAUGAGAGGGCGAUUGUUUUGAUUGUGUUGAAUACGAUUGCUCAGUCUACGACGGCGUGGACGCCGCUGUUGGUGUUUCCGACGGUCGAGGGGCCUAGGUUUACGAAGGGGUAUUCGUUUGUGCUUGCUUGUGCGAUCUGCUUGAUUGUGUCGGCGCACGUUACGAGGUACUUUAUCUCGAGAGAGGAUCGCGCGAUAGCUGCUAGUGAUGAGGACUCCGCGGCUUCUCGAGACGAGACAGAGUCUGGAUCUGCUGUCGUGCAGGUUGCACGGCCUAAGACCGAGUAUAGGUAUACUGAUGGGGAAGGGAUAGACGCCAAGUGA